AUGGUGGAGCUUUCAAUUGAUGACCAAAACAAAUGGGACACAGUCUACCGUAUGCUUGUUGCUGCCUGUGAGUUAAAACAAGUCUUUGAUUGUUUUGAUGCCUCUGAUCCUGAUUACAGAAUGACUCUGACAAUGGAUGACUGGCAGCAGGUAGAAACUCUCUGUGUAUAUUUGAAGUAUUUGUAUGAUGCGGCUAACAUUUUAACUGUCCAACCAUACGCAACUACAAACUUAUUUUUCCCUCAAGUGUCAAAACUUCUGGUGGAGUUGACUAAUGCAGCCUUCAGCCAGGAUCCUUUAUGCAGUAGUUUGAUUAUGCCUUUGAAAGAGAAGUUUGAGCAAUAUUGGAUGGAAAGCUGGUUCAUGUUGGCAGUUGCUGUAGCCAUGGAUCCGAGGUGUAAAAUGAAACUUGUGGAAUCCACCUUUGUUCACUUAUUUGGUGACAAGGCUGAGUCAUGGAUAAGAAUUGUUGGGGAUGGUCUUCAUGGACUAUUCGAUGAUUAUGUCAAGCCAGUGCUUCCUUAUACAGCGACAAAUGGUGAUGAAGGGAAUGGGGCUAUGAUAAAGACUGAGUCAUUUGAAGAAGGGUCAAUUGAAGCUGCACUUUCUGAAUUUGACAUUUAUAUAUCUGACUUAAUAGGUAACCAGCAAUGGAAGACAGAAUUGACUGAGUAUCUGGAAGAGCCUCUAGAGCCCAUUGUACAGAAAUUUGAUAUUCUGAACUGGUGGAGAGUAAACGGAUUGAAGUACCCAAUAUUGUCUAGAAUGGCUUCUGAUAUUUUGUCUAUAUCGGCAUCUACUCUCUCUGCAAAUUUUGUUUUUGAUACAGAAAUUAGAAAAAUGGAUAGCUACAGGAGUUCAUUAGAUUCCCUUACUCUUGAGGCCCUUAUUUGUACGAAGGACUGGUUCCAGGAUAAAUCAUUACCCAUCGAUGUUUCUAAUGCACUUGUGAAAGUGGAUUGUUAG